UCAGCGGACACAACAUCUUUCUUUGUAUGUGGUGCUGAGGAUGGAACCCGGUCCGCACGCAUGCCCGGUGAGCGCGCUACCACUUGAGCCACAUCCCCAGCCCUCGUCCCAUCUGUUUUAAUACCACCCGCCCAACUCAAGGUUCUUCCACUGAGAGAAGCUAAUGCUGCUGCAGCCAGGCCCCAGGUGAGUCCCAGGCUGGCACCAGCAGAGUGGGGACCAGAGCCUGGGCCAAUUGGGAGGAGACACUGACUCAGGACCAGAGUGCAUCCUCCAGGGCCACCUCAUGGUGUGUGGCCAGAGUAGCCCCAUGGCCUCGUGCUCAGAAAGGCUCCCUGGUGGAGUCUGACAUCCUGCUGCUGCAUCUUGAAGUUCUUUGUAAAUGCUGGUCAGGCACCAAGUGGACGACAUGCUGCUGGGGCCCUCCAACCCCGUUGCUUGCCCUGAGGGGGCCCUCUGAGCACCAUCUACUGGGAUCUCCUGUGCUCCCCCUCAUGGCUGUUUGUCAGUCUCAACAACCAGGACACCCCCACACACACUAGCCUGCUGUCCUGCUCCCUAUGUCAGUGGAGGGUGGCAGAGACCCACCUGAGCCAUCUGGUGCCAACACCUACCCUGAACUGACUGCACCUAUUUGCAGAUGUCCCUCUUCUGAGCUCAACACUAAUACCAUGUCUGAUAACAAGACAACCCAGAUCCACUGCGGGUGUCACACAGGGCGUGGUCUGGACACUCGCAGCAGGGCCGAGGGGGUGAAGGUCCCAAAGGGAGCACCUCAGUCUUCCAGCUCGGGGAUGUUUCCUGGGCUCUGGAGGCUUCUAGACCAUCCCCUCCUCCUCCCGUCUUGCAGGAGCCUUCAGGGCUUCUAAUGGCCUGGGGCACUGCAGCUAUUAAGAACAAAGGAGGAAGGAGGAGGCCCACCGGGAGGAGAGUUUAGGGACCUCUUGUCCUACAAGGAAAACCAAGGUGGCCUGAGCCUCCGGAGUCCUCUCUACAGCAGGACUCCCUGUGCACCAGCACUUCCGGGGCUGCAGGGCUCCUGUCCCAGCACUCAGAGGGGCUGCCCUUGCCUCCUUCAGACCUCAACCCAAAUGUUCCCUUGUUGUCCCACUGAAACCUAUAGGACUCCCACCACCCCAGCAACCACCCCCUGCUUGCUGGCUUCUCCCCUCACCCCACCCCUCCCCCUUGAUGGAACCCAGAGGCUGGGGGACUCUACCACUGAGCCACAUACCCAACCCUUUUUAUUUUGAAACAGGGUCUCUUUAGGUUGCCCAGACGGGCCUCCAACACUCCCUCUCUUGCCUCAGCUUCCAGAGUCGCUGGGAUCACAUGUGUCCUUGCCAGGCCCGGUCCCCUGGCCUGCCUUUGCUCUGAAGCACUUGAUACCCUCUAGGAGUUUAUAGGAAGAAAGUGCUCAAAAGAAAGUGCCUUUUGUCUCUAGGUGACCUCUGGAGGGCCAGCGCCCGGAGGUACUGUUCACUGCCCGUCCUGCUGUCGGGCAGCAGAAGGAGCGUGCUCAGGACUCCUUGAUCAGCUAGUCAUGACUCUUGCAAUAUGCCACUCUGUCUCUCACGCAUCCCUUGCCCAGGUUCCACAAGGCCCCCUCUGACGGGGUCUCUUGGCCCCAAUCGGAUAUGGAUUUUUCUUGAAGCUAAUCCCUCCUCACAGCUUUAGGAAUUAACACCCAUCUUUUAAAUCUGAUGUCCCUGCCCUUGAUCCUCCUGGAUUAUGUACCUGAGGGUCACCCAGAACCAGAAUCGUGGUUGCACCCCACCCCAGAACAGCAUGGGGCAGGGAGUACCCUGAUACCUGUCAGGCACAGCCCCGCUGAGCCACAACAAAUGCCAGGGUCCUCAAGGCCAAGGAGCAGCCAACGCUGAGCACCAUCCUGGGACUGGAGGCCUCUGCUUUCCCCAGAGGGAAGCUAGAAAACUUUAUUUUUCUAGUUACCACCAUUCACAUGGGCAAUUCAACAUUUGCACAAGAAUCUAAAAACAAAAGCGGCUGGGGAUCAAGGCCCCCUGUUGCUGGGGAGUCUUUGAGCCCUGCCCCUGGUGCUCCCCACUUUCUCCUAGGCCCCCCCAGAACCCACAGGCCUGAGGUGCUCUGCUUCUCCACUGCUCUCCCCGCCCUCCCAUCCCAGGCAUUGAGUUCUCUGAGUUUCCCUGCAGCUGACCUGAUCCUUCCAAGAACAGAUUUUUAGGACUUGAAAGCAACUGACCUCAAUGCUUUGUUAGCCCACAGGCGACACCAGGUUCCUGCAAGGAUGAGGAGGGGUGGCUGGGGUCAGCAGAAUUCCCCAUGGCCAAUGCCCCACCUCAGCCUGAACAGCCCACAGGUCAGCCCUCCCAAAUUGCAGCCGUGGCGCCACACAGCUGAGCCACGCCCUGGGGAGUUGGUAGGCUGGGGCAAGUGGGAGUGGACCCAGGACCCCAGCCACCCAUCCUACCUGCCUGGAGCCUCCUCCACCCACCUGCCUGGGGCCGCCCAGCUGUGGACCCACCAGGGGCAGCGGUUCUCUGGUCCCACAUGGUCUCCGGUGUUGUGGCUGGCAGGGGUCCCUGUGGGGAGAGUGUGGCUGUGGUUGGCGAGGGGACUAGGGCGGCGGGGGUGGGGGAGGUGGUGUAGGAUUCUGCGGGCUCUGCUCAAAGCUCCCGCCCAGAACCCCCACGAGCCUGGCCUGAGCACAGCUACUCGUCACUCCUUCCUGAGAGCCCACCGCGGCCAGUCGAGCUCCUGCAAAGGCAGCGCAGUGGGGACCGACUACAGGACGCUCUUCUUGUUGCAGGUUUGGCUGACUACAGGGCUUGAGGCUGGGAUGGGGUGCACACAAAGGGAGGGAAGCCUGGGUCCCCAUAGACCCCACUACCCAAGCCAGGCAGCGGCUGGUCUUCUGGGAUCCCAUUGGACCUACCUGCUCUGAAGGGUGGGGUGGGCUACAGGCCCCCAGGGGUAAAUGUGGGGAUGUGAUAGCAGGCACCACGCAGGCAGGGGCUGGUUUCUGUGUCCCAGGAGCACCAGGGUACCCACACCCUGGUUCCCCAGGUGCUAAGGGCCAGAAGGCAGGACUCCCUGAACCACCUAGCAAGGGGGAUGUUCUCACACAGGGUGAGAAGGGGGUGAGGGUUCCUUAACAAGGCUGGGGCCCAGGGGCCCAGUGAGCUGCCACGAGAGCAAAAUGGCGCCAGGCUCACUGGGGACAGUGUCGGUAGUCCGGGGCGGGGGAGGCAGGUCCGCAUGGCAACAGCAGCUUCCCACCAAGGGUGCCCCAGAGACCCCAGCCCAGGUGCCAGCUUGGGUGUGGAUUCAGAGCCAGGCAGGAACCCAAGAAAGAUCCCUACUCCGAGUGGGCUGCUCCCCGGGCGCUGGUGUUCGGGAGAGAAGGGAAGGGCCAGUUGAGGGCUGAGUCCUUCCCAGCUCCUGCCUUGCCCUGGGGUCUGUCUGGAUUUCUGCUCCCCGAGGGGGAUCUGGCAUCUGGCACCCUCCUCUCCCACCCUCCCGCUUGUCUCUGCUCCCUCAUUACCCACCACCCCCAACAUCUGCUCCCCCAUCUGCUCCAGGGACCUGAGGACGGAUGGAGAGUGUGGGGACUCUGAUUCCUGGGCCCCGCUGAGGCCUAGAGUGGCUGGUGGGAUGAGAUGAUCAGAAAGUACCAGAAAUCUAACCUCAGAAUCCCACUCCAGGUGCUGGCUCUACUGGGAUCAUGCCCGUGACCUUUGCCCUCUUGUUCCUCCUAAGCCGGGCAACCUCGGACCCAUGCUAUGAUCCAGGGGGACGCCCUCGCUUCUGCCUUCCACCAGUGACCCAGCUGACAGGUGGCAUAGCAGCCUCCUGCCCCCAGUCCUGUACCCUUUCCCCAGGGACUAGUCCUGGCCCUGGGGCCACCUGCAAUGGCAGUCUGACCCUGGAUUUGGAUGGCCCCUUCCUCCUGACGUCUGUCAGCCUGCGCUUCUGCACCCCAGGACCCCCAGCCCUAGUUCUAUCUGCGGCCUGGGCUGCAGGGGGUCCCUGGAGGCCUCUGUGGCGCAGACCUGCCUGGCCUGGGGCUUUGGGGGGUCCUGAGAGGGUCAUCUUUCGCUCCCCACCAGGCCCUAAGGCCAGGGUGGUGGCCAGCCACCUCCGUGUGGAGUUUGGAGGCCGAGCAGGGCUGGCAGCAGCUGGCGUGAGAGGCCGCUGCCAGUGCCAUGGCCAUGCGGCCCGCUGUGCUGCCCGUGCCCGGCCCCCGCGCUGCCGCUGCCGCCACCACACCACCGGCCCAGGGUGCGAGAGCUGCCGCCCAUCCCACCGAGACUGGCCCUGGAGGCCUGCCACGCCCCGGCACCCCCACCCCUGCCUGCCCUGCUCCUGCAACCAGCAUGCUCGACGCUGCCGGUUCAACUCUGAGCUGUUCAGGCUGUCUGGUGGCCGGAGUGGGGGUGUCUGUGAACGGUGCCGCCACCACACAGCUGGGCGACACUGCCACUACUGCCAGCCAGGGUUCUGGAGGGAUCCCAGCCAGCCUAUCACCAGCCGAAAGGCCUGCAGGGCCUGCCAGUGCCACCCCAUUGGGGCAACAGGAGGCACCUGCAACCAGACCAGUGGGCAGUGCUCCUGCAAGUUAGGGGUCACAGGCCUGACGUGCAGUCGCUGUGGUCCUGGCUACCAGCAGAGCCGCUCCCCUCGGAUGCCCUGCCAGCGAAUUCCAGAAGCAACAACCAUCUUUGCUACUACACCUGGUGCUUCCAGCUCUGACCCUCAGUGUCAAAACUACUGCAAUAUUUCGGAUACCAGAGUACACAUGAGCCUUCAGAGGUACUGCCAGCAGGACUAUGUUCUGCACGCUCAGGUGCUGGCGUUGGAGACGGCCGGCCCUGCAUGGCGACGGCUGGCCGUGCGGGUGCUGGCCGUGUACAAGCAGCGGGCGCGGCCUGUGCAACGGGGCGGCCAGGACGUCUGGGUGCCCGGCGCCGACCUGGCCUGUGGCUGCCUGCGCCUACAGCCCGGCACCGACUACCUGUUGCUGGGCAGCGCGGCCGGAAACCCGGACCCCGAGCGCCUCGUCCUAGAUCGCUACGGCCUCGCACUGCCCUGGAGGCCGCGCUGGGCCCGGCCGCUGAGGCGGCUACAGCAGGAGGAGCGUGCAGGGGGCUGCCGCGGCCUGGAGCCUCCCUCACCCAACCCUAGGCCUUAACACUAACCAGGGCGCGCGAGGCGUCGACGCCCAGCAAUGCGGAACCUGCCACGCAGCCUUCCACAGCCGCGCGCGUCCUGAGAGAGCCAAUCAGAAGCCACGGAGCGCCUUACGUCACCGGCACGCGCCAGCAACGCGCAGGCGCAGGAGAUUUUUCACCAGAAGGCGCCUGAGCCGGAUUUUGGUCCCGUGGCCCUUCGUUUGACUUGUGACACAAGCAGUUAGUUACCCACAAUAAAGUCUCAAAUCUUGAGGAAUUUCGUCCUCAGAGCCCAGAUCUGUACUGGGAGAGUCUCUAGGGGCAAAUGAAGACGGUCUUGAGGAAUCUGCCCAGCUGAAGUUAUCCCCGGGCUCCCUGAGACAAAGUGGCCAAUCCCCUGAAAGAACUCCUGUGGCGUCAUCGGGUGUUAAGGACAGGCCCAAAGAGGGGCGUGUCUGGAAAAGGCGGGAAAUUUAACUUCCUUAAAAGGGACCAUGGUUCCCAAUUUCCAGAAAGUUCCAGAUUUAGUAAUUUUUCAUUUCUGAGGGACCUCUGGAUAGUCUCUGAGGAAGGAAUAAGGGGACUUUGAGUGAAUGUCUGAAGAAGGUUCUGAUGGGUUCACCUGGGCUUCAAGUGCAGCCUGGACCCUUUCCUGAGAGCUGCAGAGUAGUAGGACAUCACUCGGUGCUAAGCAGAAUUCUAUCCCUGCCCAACAGUGGGGCACCUACAGGCCACAGGGGUGGGGCCAAAAAGGCAGGAAGCAAAGUACUAAGGGAUGGAAGGUUGUCAUGGCCUAGCACCUUCCCUGACACUCAGACCUCUGUCCCUGCACUCACAAGCAGGCUCUUCAAAUUUGAGUGACCUUUUCUGCAGAGUCACUGAGGAGGUACUUGGAGGGAGUCUUAGGGAUUUGAACCUGGAAAUAACAUUUUUCUUCCAUGAGACAAAAAUGAGGCUCUCAGCAAAUGGGAAGUAGGACGGGUCAUGUCACACGGUGCUAGGCUGCUAGUCCUCCAGGGAACCUGGGUUUGCUCCUGGUGAUGCUAGAAGAAAUAGCCUCCAGGGGAUAACUAUUUGAGUUCCAAGCCACCAAUGAAAAUCCCCUUUGGCGGGGGUGGGGGGGGGGGGGGACGACACACCUCACCUUUGGCUUCCAGUUAGACCCAGGAUGGGGGUAUCUCUGAAGCUGAAGUCUUAGGGAGAUAUUAUAAGAAAAGUUUCAGGAAAACUGUAUAAAUCCCUUCUGUUUGCCCUUUUCAUUGUCUUUUGAAGUCAAUUCAAUUGGGAAUUCACCCACCAUUCCAUGUUCAGUUCCAAACCCACCAGCAAGUCCCAUCCGCUCCUUCAAGAUUCAUGUCCAGAAUUCAACCAUUUUUACCACCUCCAUUGCUACCACCUUGGUUCAAGCCAACAUCACUGCUCCCUCACAGCUACCCCUUAGAGUCUUCUUCAUGCAGAAGCAGGAUGACCAGUUUAAAAUGCAAAUCCAGAAGAAUCUCUCUGCAUAGCAGUCGGAUUGUAUCACUCCUAUGCCCAACAAUCAAAUCCAAAGUCCUUGCCUGCCUUAUAAGGCCCUAUACGAUCUACCCCUGCCAUGUCACUGACUUCUCCUCCUCCAACUCUUCCUCAUUCAUGCCACUGCAGCCACACUGUCCUCCUUCCUGUUCCUGUAGAAACCAAACGCACUCUGCCCCGGGGCCUGAGACACACUUCCUCAGUAACAGCAAGCUGCUUCCACAGUCUUCCAUUAAUCAGGUUACCUGACGGCUUCGCAUAAUGAAAGUUUAUUUCUUGCUCAUGUACAUGUCCAAUGUCGGUUGGCAAGGGGUGGUUUUUCAGUCACUCAGGGACCCAGAUGAGAGUCAUGCACCAUGGUGUGUCAUCAGUUGCAUCCUGUGGUACCCCCACCCCCACAUCAUGUGGCAACCAGAGGAAGCACUGAAUUGCCUGGCAUGCGUGCGGCCCAGGUUUGAUCCUCAGCACCACAUACAAACAAAGAUGUUGUGUCCGCCGAAAACUGAAAAAUAAAUAUUAAAAAAAAUUCUCUUUCUCUCUUUAAAAAAAAAUAAUAAUCACAUCUAGAAAGUACCUUCUGCCAUGUAAGCCGAAAUGUAUUUAUCUGUUUACUCUUUGUGUUGUCAUUGUUCCACUGUAACAUGGGCACCAUGGGAACAGGGAUUCUAAUUUGGUCAUGGAUGUAUCUCUGUACCUAGAAAAUUAGCUAACAUAAUAGGUGCACAAUAAAUUUUGGUUGAAUGGAUAAAUCAA